UCAGUGCCCAGCAGUGCCACCCACCAGUGCCAACCACAAGUGCCAAGCAGUAUCACCCAGCAGUGCCUAAUAGUGCCACCCACCUGUGCCCAGCAUAGCCACCCAUCAGUGACCAUCAGUGCUGCCCAUCAGUGCCCAUUCUGUGCCCAGCAGUGCGCCCACCUGUGCCGCCCACCUGUGCACAGAAGUGCCACCUACCUGUGCCCAGUAGUGCCACCCACCUGUGCCAACCCACCUGUGCCCACCAGUGCCACCCACCUGUGCCACCCACCAGUGCCCAUCAGUGCAGCCCAGCAGUGCUGCCAGUCAGUGCCCAGCAGUUGUGCCAGUCAGUGCCCAGCAGUGCCGCCAGUCAGUGCCCAGCAGUGA